AUGCAGGUAGAAAACCGGUUUGACGUUCUGUCCGGAGGAGUAGAUGAUCCAAAUAUCAACGCUCAUGUAGCGAAAAAAAUAUCCCGGCUUUCAGAGCUCUCAACCGCCGAAAUCUUCGAUCUAAAAACGGAAAUAGAAAGUGAGCUUGAUAACCUGUUCGAGCGCUUGACAGCUCAGGGUGUGGAUCUAGAAUCAAGCUUAAUCACACCCGAGGGUUUUCCACGUUCAGAUAUUGAUGUCCUUCAAGUUCGACUGCUUAGACGUAGCAUCAAUAUGCUUAGAAAUGAUCUUCGUGCCGUCAUAGACCGAGCACAAGAACUUAUGGCUUCGCAUUUUCAAAAAUUAGACGCCAAGACACGCAGGGUAGAUGAUGGCAGUGCCGUCAACUAUCGGAUCCCAUUUGCUUUGGUCACUGAAGUGGUUCCUGGCAGCCCUGCAGAAAAAGCAGGUUUACUCCAUCACGAUAAACUUGUCCGUUUUGGUAAUAUUCAUGCGGGAAAUAACCAAUCGUUAUCUGCUUUGGGACAAGUAGUAAAAAAUAGUGAAGACAAGGCGCUUGCGGUUCGCGUGCUUCGAGCUGAUAACAGGUUUCGCAAUUUAACUUUAACACCUUCCAAACACUGGGCAGGAAACGGACUUCUGGGCUGCAGACUGGUGCAUGUCUGA